UGGAAGCACCGCGGCGCGGGCGAGCUCGUGCCGGUGGCGCGGGAUGGGGGCCGGCAACGCGUGCGAGUUCUGGCGGCGGGUGUCGGGCCCGGAGGAGCAGCGGCUGCUGGAGCUCCUCUCCUACGGGCUGGUGGCCCUGGGCGCCGCCUCCGCCGUGCUGCUCUGCUUCAUCCCCAUGCCCUACGGCCGGUACUCCUCGCGGCGCUUCGGCUGGCUGCUGCCCGCCCGCCCCGCCUGGGCGCUGCAGGAGCUGCCCUCCCUCCUCGUCCCCAUGGGGCUGGCCGCCUGCGGCGGGGCGGUCGCCGCCGCCUGGCCCAACCGCCUGCUGCUGGGCUGCUUCGCCGUGCACUACGCACACAGGGCACUCAUAUUUCCUCUUCUGAUUCGGGAAGGAAAACCAACACCGUUUUUCACUUUUGUGCUAGCGCUUCUGUUCUGUGUUUACAAUGGAUACUUGCAAGGCCGCAGCUUGAGCAACUACGCAAAAUACCCUUCAGGCUGGUUAAAAGAUCCAUGUUUCAUCACAGGUUUUAUAGGGUGGCUGAUGGGCAUGGCAAUCAAUAUUCAUUCUGAUCAUAUUCUCAGAAAUCUGAGAAAGCCAGGAGAAACUGGUUACAAGAUACCAAGAGGAGGAAUGUUUGAGUAUGUCAGUGGAGCCAACUUUUUUGGAGAGAUCCUGGAAUGGUUUGGGUUUGCCCUUGCUUGCUGCACCAUUGAAAGCCUUGCAUUUGCACUGUGUACACUUUUCAUCUUGGGUUCAAGGGCAAAACAACACCAUCAAUGGUACCUUGAGAAAUUUGAAGACUACCCAAAGGGCCGAAAAAUUGUGAUCCCUUUUGUGUACUGAGCUGUGUCUUUAAUACUGUUUUUGAAAUUGAUGCUUUCUGUAACAGAUAAUACUUUACAGGUACUGGCAGGUUAACAACAUAGUCUGAUCAUUGCUGUGACAAAGCCUUUGCAUCAGUGCUGCUAUUAGUUACUACUUUUCUUUUUAAUGUAAACCCAGAAUCUAAUGGACACAGUGAAUAGGAACAGAAAUGCUUUUCCAGCAGUGGAGCAUCAUCAUAAAUACAUGUUAGGCAGUGUAUUUGAAUUCACAUCAUGGAACCUUCUGUGUAGGAUUUCUGGUACUUCCUUCUCUGCAGGUCCACUUGAUCUAGACACGCUGUCCUGAGGAUCAUGCUGUGAACCAAAUCACCCUCCCUGCAAUCUGAGUAGUGUGUUCUGCCUGUUAUUUGCCUGCAUACACAAAUAGGGUUUACUUUUUUUUUCCUUGCCUUCCUAAUCUUUUCUUCCCCGCAUCUGCAUUUCCAGGAGAACUGGGUGCAGACCAAGGACAUUAGAUGAAUGUAGUUGCUGUUAAGUGGGAAACAGUGUUGUUCCUCCUCUUUGCGCUCUUAUGCAGGUAUGGACACUGUAUAGAUAACUCUUUAUGUAAAUGGCAUUAAGUAUUGUAGUGCUACCUUUCCCAAAUAAUAGAUUAAGAUUGUCUACCUCUCAAACUUGAUAACCAUCUGAUAACGAUCUCAAUAUUCAAUGUGUUUUCUCACUCAACACUAUUUUUGGAAGGCAUUCUUUAUUUGGGAUACUUGGGCCAGUGUAACACUGUUAACAAUUGUGUAAGUCUUCUAACUUACUAUAUAAAGAAGAAACACCUUAAGAUUUUUACAAAAUUCUCUUACUAUUCUGUUUAAAAAAAAGUGUCUUCCUUCUCCUGUUGAUAAUGGUUUAGAUGAUUUUUGUAAUCCAAAAGUCUGGAAUCUGUGCUGCUUAUUUUAUUAAGUCAGCUCUCAUACCAUUACAUUUUUGUCCCAAAGGACUCCAGAAGGGUUUCAAAAACUUAAUAGGAUCCCAAGCAUACUGACUUUGGAGUUUCAGGCACAUCUGUGUCCUUUGCUGCUUGUGAUAUUAAAGAGUUUUUUGGAAUUGCUGAGAAAAGAAAUCUAAGAAAUUAAUUCUACAGAAAAUAAAAAAAAAAACCAAACACAGACAAAACCCCAAACCAAGAACCAAAGAAUAAUAAUUAAAAAAACCAAAAACCACUACAAAAGCAAACAAAAAAAAUGCCAAAGCUGCUGUUAAUAUACUUCGGAAAUCAAACUUUUACCAAGUGUCUUCUGAUCUGUUUACACUUUCUAUGUUGGGUUAUGUUUUUCCGAACAAAUUGGUAAUAUGUUUGCCAGAUGCAGACUUUUCCUGUAUGGUAUCGCAGUAAGCUUUGUCUAAAGCUCAAAAUUCUGUCUUCGCUGUUGAGUUACUCUUCUGUAGUAAUCAAAGUAAUGCAUCUGGUGAACUUAACCUUUAAUAUCUUAGAUAUUAGUUAAAAAAAGCACAUUUUGGAAAUGAGCUGUGAAAAAAAGGACUUUGUGACCCAAGCUUCUGCUUAACAGUUGUUUUGUCCUCUUCUUCUUCCUGCCAUGUUUAUACAGUACUUUCUUCACUGAAGUCUUGGCUAUCAGUAAGGAUUUAUUCAGUAGUGUAAGUGUAACAAAAAAAUCUGUUAUUGACUGAAUUAGUUAAAGGAAGGCGGAGAGAGAAACUGACAGUCCUGCAGUGAUGAUAACUUACCAUACUAACUAACCAGCAACUGCUGGUUGCUCCUUAUGUUCACUGGGAUGAUUGAUCCUGCUCUCAGCUAAUAUUCAAACAGAACAGCUUUGGGAGAACAUAGGAAUACCCGUUCCUUUGACACCUUACUUGAUUCUGAAAUUGUUUAAUAAUUUCUUUAGUGUUUGCAUCCUUCCUUUAGUGAAGCUUCUCCUGUUGUUUUAGUUAUCAUGCUGUAAUUUGACAUUUGAUCCUAGCUGUUUUGAUGAACACUCAGUCAUGAAGUUCCCUGGGGAGAGGAUAGUGGGGAGGAUGUUUUACUCUUCAAUGCUAAAGUGGAGUCAGUAGACAAUAAAAGUUCAAUAGGACCACUUAAAGCAUAUUCUGAAGAGAAUUUUAGAAACUAGUCUUGUAUAUUGAGAUGCUCCCAAACCCUCCCACAUGCCCAUGGCAGUUUUUUAAAUCUUGAUAUCAAAAUCAUCCAGCUAUCAAAAUUGUUUUAGGGAAAAAAAAUACACUGUUCAAAGAGCACUGCCUCCUCUAGGUGUUUAAAUACCUGCAUAGCUUAUGGUGAAUUAAUAUCUUGUGUCUUUAGGAAUAUUUGUUAAAAAAUCACUAAUGGGACAACCAACCAGUAAAAAAAAAAUCUGGCUGCAGCACUUCAGUCUGUAAUCCACCACCUCCUUUUACAUUUUUCGGCCUUUUAUGAAAAGGCAAAUCUUCUCUUAAUAGUAAACAAUAGGAAAGAAUGCAUAGUGUUCAGUAUGUCUCCUUAUAUUCAAGAGCUGUAGCUCUCUGUAGUCAGUAGUAUUUAUCAUAGUUUACAGAAAAUCUGUACUGAUGCCUCAGUUAUGCUCUUGUGCUAUGCUUCUGAAUAUUUAUCAUGAUAAAAGUUCAGCUGGUUUGCUCACAUAAAGUUAAUUUAUGGCUUACCUAUAGCAGGAUAGGGGUCUGAAACUUGAUGCUCUGACAGCUUAUCAGUGUUCUUUCUGUUGUUACAGAAAAGGAAAAGUAAAGGUCUAUAAAGUGUGAAUGUCAGUGCCUUUAGGAAUUUCAGUUAACUGGAUUAUUAAAAAAGAAAAAGAGGAGAUUUCUGUUCUUUGUGUGUUCAUAUUUUAUAUUCUUAUACUGCUGGAACCUUAAGUACAGAAUUUGAGGAUGUUCAUUAGAGAAUAUUAUGAGGAGCAGCUGAGGGAACUGGGGUUCUUUAGUCUGGAGAAAAGGAGGCUCUGGGGAAACCUUACUGUGCUUUACAGCUACCUAAAAGGAGGUAGUUGUAAAGGUGAGUGUCAAUCACACUCUUCUCCCAAGUAAAAAGUGAGAGGAUGAGAGGAAAUGGACUCAGGUUGCACCAGAGGAGGUUCAGACUAGAUAUUAGGAAAAAUUUCUUUACCAAAAGGGGUGUCAAGCAUUGGAACAGGCUGCCCAGGGAAGUGAUGGAGUCGCCAUCCCUGGAGGUGUUUAAAGCUGCGUAGAUGUGGCACUUAGGGACGUGGUUUAGUGGUGGGCUUGGCAGUGCUAGAUUAACAGUUGGACUCAAUGAUCUUAAGGGGCUUUUCCAACCUAACUGUUUCUGAUUCUUGCAUUUCAAGGCCAAGGUACACUGGUGAAAAGCGUAUGAUCAGCUUGGUCAAAUGCUAGAACCGCCUUUUGUUUAAACAAUAUCCCAUUUAUUUGUCAUACUUCACUCGUGCUCCCUUCCCCUUUAAGCAGCCUUGACAGAAUUUCUCUAUUUGAAAAUAUUUGAUACUGAAAUUUUGUUCUUGAAAAUACAUUGUAUGAAAAUGAACUCUGUUCUGCUGAUUCCAGAAGGAGAAAACACGUAUGCUUGCUAUUGUAUAAUAUCUGUAGCAAUUUUUAACAGAGACACUUCUAUUCAGAUUGCCUACAUCUUUCCCAGGAAUCCCUUACUAAUAAAAUAUGGUUUGCACUGUC